CAUGAACACACACUAACAGGACACAUGCUGAGACAUUCUCUGUUUUAUUGUUUUAUCCACAGGACUGAUUGUAUGUGGAGAUUCAAAGGGUCACAUGUGGUUUAAUCAGAUGCCGACCCUGAGCUCGUGGACCCCAAGGAAACCUGCGCACGGUGACAGGAUCAGUGUGCUGCGUCUCACAGAGAGCAUCAUCAUCUCAGCCUCGUACGACAAGACCAUCAAACUGUGGGACAGAAACACAAAGAAACAGUUGGGUUUGUUUGUGUGUGGCGCUCCGGUCGAGGUGCUGCAGGUGAACCCAAAUGACCCGAGUCAGAUCGUGUGUGGAGACGCACUGGGGAAGAUCUACUUCCUGUCCUGGAGAGGAUGAUUAACACCUCCACACUGCACAUACAUCAGUAGCAGCAGUUUAACAUUCAACACUCUGAGUUCUGAAUUCAUCACUUUACCACUUUGAGCAAGUGCAGUUUGGUACAAAUUUGUUUUAACACACUGAAUGUUCACAAGUAACCACUACACAAGUGCACUGUAACACUAUGUUCUUAUUCACGUAGCCCUGAACAUGUUAUUUUAAACUUUUAACACAAUCCUGAGAAACAUGGCCUGGUAACAUCUCUGUAUUUUUACCUUCAUUAAUAAUGCCAAAUAUGAAUAUGCAUGAUAUGCAAAUUAGACCCACUCCCAUGUCCUCCUGCCUUCUCAGAUCACUGGCUGUGUUUUGGCAUGUUAUAUUAAGGUUAUGGUCAUAAAUGCUUUAAUUAAAUAUGCUUUAUUGUUGCAUGAUGAUUAUAAUAUUGUCUAAUGAGUUGACUUAAAGGUAAAAGGUGGAAAUUUUAAUGGGAUACAGCAAUUGAUUUGCUGCACUUCAAGAAUAAAGCUCUUCACCACGAGUGCCACAAUGAAAUUAUACUUUAUUUUAAAAGUAAUUUUGCUCGAUUUGUACUUUGAUUUUUGGGAUAAAUUACUGAAUAACACUUCAAGAAGGUGUGGUUAGAAAGUAUGUAAUAGCUGAUUUAUUCUGUUAAAAGCCUCAAUAAAGAAUAAUAAAAACA